AUGUUUGCUUCUUCCCAGCAUUAUAAAAAAGGCUUGAAACCAUACAAGGAUAGAGAAGAAGCUGCGUGUUACAAAAAGAAAAUGGAGGAUUCAAAGUGCAAGUGGGAGCAAACUCUCUUUGACAUUGCCUGCUGCAAAUGUGAAAACUCACGUUGCUGUUCCAAAGAAAGAAAGGUCCCAGUUAUAAAAAAAACUAUUUUUAAUCAAUCAGCUAAGUACAUAAAAGAUGAUAGGAACAAUCUACCAGAAAACUUCAAGUUAGCUGAAAAAGACAAGAAAGAUAGAUAA